AUGACGCAAGCGACGUGUGGGCGAGCCAGGACGCCACUUGCUGCCUCCCCUCGCGCGACGCGGCCCGCACAGCGCAGCAGGACGCGCCUCGCCGUGAUGCGGCCGACCGACAUACCCAUCUUCGUGCUGGCUGACAGCUACAAGGCCACCCACUGCCAGCAGUACCCGGAGGCCCAGAGGAUGGUCGCGUACGGAGAGUUCCGGCGUGGGUUCGAGAAGGACGUGGAGGACACGCGGUUCGUGUGCUUCGGAAUGAGGUACAUCAUCGAGAAUUACCUGCUCCGGCAGUGGACGAUGCAAGACGUGGAAAUGGCGGACGCCUUCUACAAGUCCCACCUCGCGCCCGGGAACACCGCGUUCCCGUGGCCGCGCGACCUCUUCGAGCGCUUCGUGCGCGAGAACAACGGGUACUUCCCCCUCAAGGUCCAGGCCCUCCCGGAAGGCACCGUCGCGAACGCCAGGGUGCCUGUGUACCAGAUCACCGCGGAGGGCGACUACUCGCGGCUCGUCACCUUCCUGGAAACCAUCCUCACGCAAGUGUGGUACCCCUCGACCGUGGCCACCUCCUCCCGCCGCGCCAAGGCCGUGAUCGCGCGCGGGUUCGAGGCCACGGUCGACGGCGGCGCCGACAACCCGCUGCUGUCCGUGACGCUGCACGACUUCGGGUUCCGGGGCUGCGCGACCGUCGAGCAGAGCAUCCUCGGUGGCUGCGCGCACCUCCUGAACUUCCGCGGCACCGACACCAUGUCGGCGGCGUUCUACGCCCAGUUCCACCUCAACGGCGGCAAGCCCGUCGGGUCGUCGAUCCCCGCGACAGAGCACAGCGUGAUGACGGCGUGGCCGACGGAGACGGAGGCGUUCCGCAAGAUGAUAUCGGAGUUCGGCGACGGCAUGUUCAGCGUCGUGUGCGACAGCUACGACUACGUGCACUGCCUGGAGCGCGUCCUGCCGGCCAUCGCCAAGGAGAAGACAGCCCGGGGGGGGUACAUGGUGCUGCGGCCGGACUCGGGCAACCCCGUGGAGUGCGUCCUGCAGGCGCUGCGCGCGAUGGACCGCGAGUUCGGGUCGACGGUCAACAGCAAGGGCUGCAAGGUGGUCAACGGCGGGGGCGUGAUCCAGGGCGACGGGAUCAACACGCAGACGAUCGCGGACAUCGUCGACGCGUGCGUCGCGGAGAAGUUCUCCCUCCAGUGCGUGGCCUUCGGCAUGGGCGGCGGCCUCCUGCAGAAGGUCAACCGCGACACCAUGUCCUUUGCGACGAAGCUGUGCCACAUCGUGGGCCCGGACGGCGUGGGGCGCGACAUCAUGAAGAACCCCCGCACGGACAUGUCGAAGGCGUCCUUCCCGGGGGAGCUCAAGGUCGUCCGGGUCGACGGCGUGCCCACGGCCUUCCCCGCGGAGGCCGCGCUGCCGCCGAACGCCGACGGCGAGGACCUGCUCGAGGUGGUGUACGACUCCGGGCCCGUCGAGGGCUGCCGGCUGCUGAAGGAGGACUUCGACACGCUGAUCGCGCGCGUGGAGGCGGAGUGGGCGGCGUGUCCGCCGACGUACCAACCGGUGUCGGAGUCGCUGCAGCGGAAGAUCGAGGCGCGGCGCGCGGAGCUGGAGCGCGGCAUGGCGGUCGCGGCGCCCGAGUGA